AUGAAGCUCACUUCAGUAUUCCAAAGCAUCGCCUUGCUGGCUGUUUCCAUCGACGCCCUCGACCUUCGCGCCACGAGCCCCAAGCGCAAAGCCCUCUGGAAACCAAAAGUCGGCGCGAAAUGGGAAAUCAUCCUCUCAGAGGUCUUUACGAUUCCCAGUGGAGGUGCUAGCAAGCUUGACCCUAGUGUCACCAUUUACGACCUCGACCUAUACGAGAACAGCAAGACCACUUUCGCCGCCCUCCAAAAGGCUGGAAAGAAUGUCAUCUGCUACUUCAGCGCUGGAUCAUGGGAGAACUGGCGCGAUGACAAGGAUGAGUUUCCUGCCAAAGACCUCGGAAAGACCAUGGAUGGAUGGCCGGACGAGAAAUGGGUGAACAUCAAAAGCACUGCGGUCCGGGCUAUCAUGGCCAAGAGGAUCAAGGUUGCCGCUGACAAGGGUUGUGACGCUAUUGAUCCCGAUAACAUGGACGCUUAUAAUAAUGACAACGGUCUCGGUCUCACAGAAGCUGACACAAUCUCAUAUGUCAAGUUCUUGUCCGCAGAGGCGGCAAAGUACAACAUGGUCAUGGGCAUGAAAAACGGCGGAGACGUCACCGAAGAUGUCCUGCCACACGUCGCCUUCAGCGUCAACGAACAAUGCAUUCAGUACAAGGAGUGUGGUUUGUAUGCCCCAUACAUCGACGCGGACAAGCCUGUGUUCAACAUUGAGUACCCCAAGGGCGCACCAAAGGUCAAGGACAGUGACAAGAAGAAGAUUUGUUCGACAACCGGUGCCGCUGCAGACUCUGAUGGAUUUAGCAAGAUCAUCAAGAAGUUGAACUUGGACAAGUGGACUCUGUACUGCUAA